CCGCCUCUCCCAUGCGCUUGCCGAGCAUGUCCCAGUCCUUCCUGCUGGCGCCCAUCGCCGAGUGCCCCCCGGGGCCGCCCGGCGCCCAGCUCCGCCUGGCCGUGCUGGGUGCCCGCGGCGUCGGCAAGAGCGCCAUGAUCGUGCGGUUCCUGACCAAGCGCUUCAUCGGCGACUACGAGCCCAACACAGGCAGCCUCUACUCCCGGCUCGUCCACCUGGACGGGGACCACGUCGCCGUGCAGAUCCAGGACACGCCGGGAUGCAUCCAGGCGCAGGAAGACUGCGUGCAGGUGCCGGACUCCCUGUCCAGGUGUGUGAAGUGGGCAGAGGGCUUCCUGCUGGUCUACUCCAUCACGGACUACAGCAGCUACCAGUCGGUGCAGCCUCUCCACCAGCACAUCCGCAAGCUGCACCCCGAUGCCAGGACUCCCAUCAUCAUCGUGGGGAACAAAGCAGACCUCCUCCACGCCAGGCAAGUGCAGGCAAAAGAGGGACUACAGCUGGCAGAUGAACUGGGCAGCCUGUUCUUGGAAAUCUCCACCAGUGAGGACUCCCAAGGUGUCUGUGAUGUCUUCCAGUAUCUUUGCAAGGAGGUCAGCAAACUGCAGCAUGCCGGCAGCACGGACAGGAGGCGGUCAUCCAUCAUCCCUCGGCCCAAAUCUCCCAACAUGCAGGAUCUAAAGAGACGUUUCAAACAGGCUUUAUCUUCCAAAGUCAAGUAAACCUCCCAAUGACAUCCUGUGGGACUCAAUAGAAUUUAUUUUUGUAAACUAGUAAAUAAAAAUCUUUAUUUUUGUACUAAUGCCAGCAGUGUAGAAGUAAGUAUGUCGAAGCUUGCAAUUUCCUUGUUGUUCACUCAUUUGACUGGUUGGGUUAUUUUUGAAAAACAAAACAAAAAAAAGCUGCAUAGCAACUAAAUAGAGGUAGUUGGAAAGGAAACUUUUGCCAGGAGGCUUUGAUUCCAUUUCAUUUUAGUGGGGAGUGGGAUUUUCUGUAUUAAACUACUCAUGAUACUCUUUGGAGGCCUCUAUUUCUUGUUUGUAAAAUGGGAGUGUUAAUGAUGUAAAUCAUUACCUGCCUUUAUACAAUGCUUGGAAAGCCCUUGGUGGAAAACUUUGUAGGAGACAAAAAAAGCUCUA